AUGGCCCAACUCAAGGCCUCGGCCGAACCCGAACCCGUCCUCAACACUGAGCGCCAUAUCAAAUACUACCUACGAUGCCUAAAGACCUUCCUCCCCUCGGCGUAUAUAUCCAAUGACUCCAACCGCAUGCUCCUCGCCUUCCUCACAUUGACAGGCCUAGACGUCCUCAACGCCCUGGCAAGCAAAACCACGCCCGAAGAACGACAAACCUACAUCGACUGGGUGUACCACUGCCAAGUACCAUCUGGAGGAUUCCGGGGAUUCUCAGGCACAGAUUUUGGCGAACGGAAUCGCACGCCGGAGAAUGAAUCUUGGGAUCCGGCGAAUGUGCCAGCGACCUUCUUUGCGUUGGUCAAUUUGCUUGUUCUCGGUGAUGAUUUGUCGCGCGUGAAGCGGGUGGAGUGUUUACGGUGGCUUCCGAAGUUACAGCGUGGUGAUGGGAGCUUUGGGGAGGUUCUUGGACCGGGGGAGGAGAUUGAGGGAAAUAGUGAUUUGAGGUAUUGUUGUUGUGCGGCGGGGAUUCGGUUUAUACUGCGUGGAAGGAGUGCGAUGGGGGUGGAGGAGGUUGAGGAUAUCGAUGUGCCCCGGUUUAUCUCGUUUAUUCAGGCUUGCCAGAGUUACGAUGGUGGCAUGGCCGAGUCUCCAUAUCGUGAAGCCCACAUUGGAUCUCUAGAGUUUCUACGUCGCUCAUCAAUUGACACCCGACCGGUGCAGUUGUUGUCGCCUGGGUCUCAUCAGUUUGAGACUCUGGUUGCGUGGUUGGCAUCGCGACAGACGAACGAACUGGGGGAAGAAAAUGACGAAGAUGAGGAUGAGGAUGAGGAUAAGGACGAUGACGAGGAAAGCGUGGAAACUAAUAACGAUGCUGCAGCCCACCAGCCAACGGUAGACAGAGAUAUCGGGCCCCUCCGUCUAUCAACUGAUGAGAUCCUUUCACUUCCCAAGAUCGCAUCGAUACCCAGCGACACAAUACCCUGUGCCGGUUUCAAUGGCCGAUGCAACAAGGUGGCGGAUACUUGUUAUUCGUUCUGGAACGGGGCAACACUGGCGAUGCUAAACCGAUCCUCGGUGAUCGAUGACGUUCGCAAUCGGCGAUAUCUUCUAGAGAAGACGCAACAUCUCGUGGGUGGCUUUGGAAAGGUCCCGGGCGAUACCCCUGAUCUCCUCCACUCAUGUUUUGGCCUGGCCUCGCUCGCCUUCCAGGGCGAGGCUGGUCGCUCGCGCGUCGAUCCUGCACUGGUCACUACCGAGCGUGUCGUACGGCACCUAGAAUCAUUGCCGUGGCAUAAGUAG